AUGGUGAACCCGGUGAGGGACCGGGAGCGGGACCGGGAUUGGGAUCAGGAUCAGGGCCGGGGCCGGGGCCGGGGCUGGGGCUGGGGCACAGCCGAGGGUCCCGGCCCCCAGCUGAGCCCCUCGCUCUCCCCGCAGCCCCGCACGGCGCCCGCCGACGGCUUCGCCUCCUCAGACGACGAGGCCGCCGAGGAGGACUCGGGCCCGCUCCACAUCUCCUGGUUGUCUUUGUCUCCUCUCUGCUCUUCCAAGUUCCUGGGAUUGUGCUCCCUUCCAGGUUGCAGGUUUAAGGAUGUCAGGAGGAAUCUCCAGAAGGAUGUAGGAGAACUGAGGAACUCUGGGAUCCAGGACAUAUUCGUGCUUUGUACCAGAGGAGAGCUCUCAAAAUACCGAGUGCCAAACCUGAUAGACACCUACCAACAGCACGGGAUGUGCGUGCACCACCAUCCCAUUCCUGAUGGGAACGCUCCUGACAUCGCCACCUGCUGCAAAAUCCUAGAAGAGCUCAGAAGCUGCCUGGAAAAUAACCGGAAAACAGUGAUACACUGUUACGGUGGCCUCGGGCGCUCCUGUCUCGUGGCUGCCUGUCUCCUGCUCCAGCUCUCGGACACGCUGGCACCUCAGCAGGUGAUAGAGAGCCUCAGGAACCUGAGGGGAUCCGGGGCCAUACAGACCAUCAAGCAGUACAAUUUCCUCCACGAGUUCCGGGAGAACUUGGCCGCGCACCUGGCAACGACGGACACGGUGCCGAGAUCGGCAUCGCGGUAGCUGGAGCUGCCCUGGGCAUCUCCGUGUCUGUGGAACACACGCGGAUGAGACUCCUCUCCCCUCACCUUCCUCACUGCUCCUGCCCGGGGGGACACGGCCGCUCCCUCCCAAAUCCGGGUGGGAAACGCUGGGGUGGGGAUGGGGAUCCUGCAGGACGUGCAGCAUCUCCCUCUCCCCGGUGACUUUAUUAUCACUGCCUGAAAAAUACCUGUGCAAGUGUGGUUGUGCUCA